AUGCAAGCCUUCCCGGAGACAACUAAUCACCACCUGCAUCGUUUAAGAUCAGACCAUAGACCAAUCUUGGUGGAUGUCAAAUCAGGGUGCCCGUUGCCAAAUCAGGUACGUCCUUUUCGCUUUCUUGCUCCUUGGAUUUCCCAUGAUGACUUCCCAAAUGUGCUUGAUCGAGGCUGGAGGCCGCAAGAGGGGUAUCUUGUGUCUAUGCAGGGGCUAACCGAGAAGCUGAAAGUUUGGAACAAAGAGGUCUUUGGCAACAUCUUCCAGAGAAAGAAGGAACUACGGUCUCGCCUUUCUAAGCUAGAGAUGAUUAAUUACCAGCAACCUUCGGAUAUAACUAUUCAGGAGGAAAACGAAGUCCGCAAUCUGAUGGAAGAGACUUUGUGGGAAGAGGAGGUCCUUUGGAUUCAGAAGUCAAGAACAAAGCGGACUGUUUUUGGGGACCAAAAUUAUCGCUAUUUUCACCUCUCCACACUAUCCAGACGUCAAAAGAAUAGGAUUAAAUGUCUCAAAGAUGCAGCGGGGCAGUGGAUUUCAGAUCCUACUCAGUUACAAACUCUUGCACGCGGCUUCUAUGUGGACCUCUACACGGAGGAAAUGCAUGACCAUGAUUGCAUUAAGGGAGACUUUCCGGAGCUAGAGCUACAAGAGAUGGAGAUGCUGAUUAAGGAGUUGACAGAGGAGGAGUUGAUGCGAGCAGUGAAAGACAUGGCAGGGCUGAAGUCCCCGGGAAAGAACGGCUAUCAUGCAGUGUUCUUCUAG